UGAACGGUCAUAUAUUAUGUGGUUUGGUUAAGAUAUGUUAAACAAUAACUUAAUUGCGGAUGCAUGUAUUUAGCGACCUAUUUCCGCGUCCCGUUUAUUUUAGGAGUUGUUCCUGUUUUACCGGAAUAGAUAUUUAAGAAAGUGGGUUUCUAGCGUCGCCGUCUAGUCUGGACACCGCUGCCUCUCUGUAAUAAGUGGUACAUCAUUUAAUUAGAGAGUGAAGCGAAAUAAUAAUUGUGUUUUUUGAAGGAAAGGCCGCCUGAAUGCAGAGCAGGGAGAAGAUGAUAACGGAGCAGCUGCGGAAUCCGAAUGAGCUGGACAUCAGCCUUCGGAUGGAAUUUGGUCCGUUUGAAACUGUGCACAAAUGGAAGAAGUUGUCUGAGUGCUAUGAAUUUGUUGGAGCUAAACGGAGCAAGCACACAGCGGUGGCCUACAAGGACGCGAUAUAUGUGUUCGGCGGCGAUAACGGCAAGUUCAUGCUCAACGACCUGGUUAGGUUCGACAUCUGGGAGAUGUCCUGGACCAAAGUGGGCUUCCAGGGCACCCCGCCAGCUCCGAGAUACCACCACUCUGCUGUUGUGCAUCGCUCGUCCAUGUUCGUGUUCGGCGGCUACACGGGCGACAUACUGGCCAACUCCAACCUCACCAACAAGAACGAUCUGUUCGAAUUCAAGUUCUCCAGCGCACAGUGGGUGCAGUGGAAGUUCCAGGGACAGGAGCCAGUGCCACGGUCGGCUCACGGCGCAGCAGUUUACGACGAUAAGCUUUGGAUUUUCGCCGGUUACGACGGCAACGCGCGGCUUAAUGAUAUGUGGACCAUCAACUUAGUGGGCGAUAACCACCAAUGGGAGCGCGUGGAGCAGAAAGGCCAAUGCCCGCCCACCUGCUGCAACUUCCCCGUGGCGGUGGCGCGGGGCAAGAUGUUCGUGUUCAGCGGGCAGAGCGGCGCCAAGAUCACCAACGCGCUCUUCCAGUUCGACUUCGAGACGCACACUUGGAGCCGCGUGUGCACGGAGCACCUGCUGCGGUGCGCGGGCCCCGCGCCGGCGCGCCGCUACGGGCACGUGAUGGAGGCGCACGGGCGCCACCUCUACGUGUUCGGCGGCGCCGCCGACAGCACUCUACCCAGUGACUUGCACAGCUUCGACCUGGACACGCAGAUGUGGUCCGUUGUACACCCGGCACACGACUCGCAAGUCCCGGUCGGUCGACUGUUCCACGCGGGCGCCGUGGUCGGCGACGCGCUGUACGUGUUCGGCGGCACCGUCGACAACAACGUGCGCAGCGGCGAGCUGUUCUGCUUCCAGCUGUCUGACUACCCGCGCUGCACGCUGCACGACGACUUCGGCCGCAUACUUAAAUCCCAGCAGUUCUGCGAUGUGGUAGUCCUUGUGGGGGUUGAAGAAAGUUGUGUCUUAGCACACCAAGCCCUGUUAGCUGCAAGGUCUACUUAUUUACGUGCCAGAAUACAGGAAGCGCGCGAAGAACUAUCCCGACGCAUAGACGAAGGCCUCGAAAAGCCCCUAGAAGUUUACGACUAUAAGGCGAAACCGCGACUCACGCUAAAGUUACCUGAAGCCACACCAGAGGCGUUCGACAUGGUGCUCAACUUCAUAUACACGGAUCGGAUCGACCCGCGCGAGAAAUAUGAAGACCCCGAAAAACCCUCCACAAUCCUACAAGUAAUGGAAGUCCUCCGCCUAGCGCUACGCCUAAACAUUCCUCGCCUCCGCGGGCUAUGCGCCCGCUUCCUCAAGGCCAACCUCUGCUACAGCAACGUGUUGCCAGCUCUCCACUCCGCGCACCACGCCCAGGUGCAUUCCGUCAAGGAGUACUGCCUCAGAUUUCUAGUAAAGGACUACAAUUUUACGCAAAUAGUGAUGUCACCGGAAUUCGAAACGAUGGAAAAGAGUCUCAUGGUGGAAAUGAUCCGUCGUCGCCACCGACCACAGGGCAAACCACCGGCGCCGCAGGAAAGCGACGAAGAUAUUAUAGGAACAACCCUCGAGCAAGACAUGUCCGUGUUCGUGGGUGGCGCCGGCGCGGGGCUGAGCGACGUGCGCCUGCGCGUGGGCGCCGCCUCGCGCCCCGCGCACCGCUCCAUCCUCGCCGCGCGCGCCGCAUACUUCGAGGCCAUGUUCCGCUCCUUCUGCCCCAGCGACAACACCGUCAACAUUCAAAUAUGCGACACGGUGCCUUCAGAGGAAGCUUUCGACUCGCUGCUGCGGUACAUUUACUACGGAGACACCAACAUGCCUACUGAAGAUUCACUCUACUUGUUCCAAGCGCCGAUUUAUUACGGAUUUACCAACAACCGUCUCCAAGUAUUCUGCAAGCACAACCUACAGAGCAAUGUCACCCCGGACAACGUAUUAGCGAUACUACAAGCAGCGGACCGAAUGCGCGCCGCUGACAUUAAGGAAUACGCGCUCAAGAUGAUCGUGCACAACUUUUACCAGCUGGCCCACCAGGAGUCCAUAAAGACCCUCCCCCAGCCCCUCCUCGUGGACAUCGUGGUGGCGCUCGCCACUGCGCGCCGCGCCGACUCCCCCCUCCCGCCGCAGCCGCGCUCGCUGCCCUCCUCCUCCUCCGCCGACACGCUGGCCGACGACGACCAUAGGAGGAAGGACCAUCCCAACUAUUGGUAGAAUGGUAGUUAGGCCUGAACAUUCAUGUAGUCCACAGCCGCGCUCGCUGAACGUAGACAUGAGAUGAUGAGACUCCACAGUCGGGUUCGGUCUCGGCCGUUAAGGACCAUUGUAGGAAUUCCAUAUUGGUAGUUAGGCCUGAACUGACGUCCAUGGAGUCCACAGCCGCUUCUCUCGUCAUUGUCCACCGACACGGACAAUAAAUAGGGCUUUGAGUUCUUGUACUCUAUAGAAAUUAUAAUUAUGUCAUGCAACAGUUUGAAUUUCUAAUAGUUACAUAGUCAAUUAUUAGAUAUAUAGGUAAGUUAUUGACACAAUUGAUUUGUAUAUAAAAAAGAACAUUAUUAUUUUCAGCGUGUUAUGUAAAAAAAAAUUAUAUAACUUUACUAUACAUAUAGAUAGGCAAUGUAUUUGUUAGCCAAGACUGCAUUUAUUUUAUUAUUAACGCUUGUGGGAGAUUAGGAGAUACUCAUACGUUUUCAAUUUGACUUUUUUAGCAAACUUUAUGUAUACACAUUACACACCUAAAAAAAUUGUUAUUUGUUUUACAAGGCGGCAAAAUUAUUGUGCUAUUGUUGAUUACGCCUUUACAAGCUGGUCUGAUGAAAAACUGUUUUAUUUUUUUCAAUAAGAUGUACGUUUUUUAAUUCUAUCAAGGCAGCAGUGACACCUACCUGGUCAUCAUACUAACAUAUUUUUAGGACAGGUAUGGACUGCCAGAAGAUGUUUCAUACCUGGUUAAAUAUCACAAAUGUUACUGCUUUCUCUCUAAUACUGGUGUUUGUAUGGAUGCAAUGGUUCAUGCAUCAAGAAGUCACUUGUUUUGCUAUGACACCACAUUAGUGCCAAGAAUAGUUCCAGGGACUUAUUAUUUUUAACUAUUUCGAAGGCUAAAAAAGAGGCCUGACAAUUUGAAUCUUUUUGCAACAAAAUAAGACAUGUCCUAGUAGAAGUAGAUUCUCAUUAGUGGCGAGCUAACAUCAUACCAAGCUAAAUCUUUGCAAUUACAAAGUGUGGCCAUGUCAGCAUUCAUUUCAAAUUUCUAUAAAAAUAUUACCUUUAUAGUGCCACGCCUCACUUUGUUCUAUUCUAAUUAGUGCACAGUUAGCUUAAACAGACUAGAGGAGAAUGUAAUAAUAAUAAUAAUAUCCAGAAGGAGAUACAAAUAAUAAUAAUAAAAUACUUUAUUGUGCACUACAAAGAAAAAUACAUGUUACAAACAAAGACAGGACAUAAGUGAGUAGGUAACAACAGGCGGACUUAUCGCUAAAAAGCGAUCUCUUCCAGACAACC